AUGUUUACCUCUGCGCUGAAGUCAUUCAGCUCGAACAUCUCCGCCAAUUACCAAAUCUCACCAAACCCCACUGUUUAUUCCGGCCCCUGGAAAAUCCACGAUGCAAAGAAAAAGUCCACCGGAACUACAGCAUCGGUAUUCAUCUUUGAUCGCAAGUCACUUGAGACGCGUCCCGGAGGGCUUGGAAGAAGUUCCGGGUCCUCCAACAAAAAGCUGCAAGAGGAUGUGAUCGAACGGCUCAAGCGUGAAGCGAGCAAUCUCGCUCGCCUACGGCACCCAUCUAUUCUUCAAGUCCUUGAGCCUGUGGAAGAAACCCGGAACGGUGGUCUCAUGUUUGCGACCGAACACAUUACUGCUUCCCUUUCUGGUCUACUUUUGGAGAAAGAUGACCAGGAGAAUACUACACGUUCAGGUUCACGAACAGGUCGGUACAUGGCUGGGGAGGCGGACGGGACAAGGAGGAGAACAGAUGUGGAAAUUGAUGAGUUGGAGAUUCAAAAAGGCCUCCUGCAAGUUGCCAAGGGUCUUGAGUUUCUCCAUGAGUCUGCGGGCUUGGUGCAUGGAAACUUGAACCCGGAAGCUAUCUAUAUCAAUGCCAAAUCAGAUUGGAAGAUCUCUGGUCUGGGAUUUGCAGGACCUCCAGACUCCUCUGAAACUCGAUCAUCGCUUCCACCGUUGGCUGUGUCUGAAGUUCUCUACCAAGAUCCGAGACUCCCAGCCUCAGUACAAUUGAACCUCGACUACACUUCGCCUGACUUUGCCCUGGACUCCAAUGUGUCCUCGGCGGCCGAUCUAUUCUCUCUGGGUCUCAUCAUCGUCUCUCUAUACAACUCUCCGCACUCCUCACCUCUACAAACAAACGCAAAUUUAACCACAUAUAAGAAGUUGCUGAGCUCUCCAUCUUCCACGCCCUCUCAAGGGAACAACUUUCUCUGCUCCAAACCGAUCCCCAGGGAUGUACUUUCUCAUGUAUUGCCAAAGCUUAUUACCAGAAGACCUGCUCAACGAAUGAAUGCUCGGGAGUUCCAGCAGUCCCAAUACUUCGACAAUGUGCUGGUUUCCACCAUUCGGUUCCUGGAAUCACUGCCAGCCAAAAGCCCCAAUGAGAAGUCUCAGUUCUUGCGUGGUCUGCAGCGAGUGUUACCCGAAUUUCCUGUCUCUGUGUUAGAGAGAAAGUUGCUGGGGGCCCUAAUGGAUGAAUUGAAGGAUCGGGAACUACUUCCGCUAAUUCUCCAAAAUGUGUUCGGCAUUUUGCAACGAAUUCCCAAUGGACGCCGUGUGUUCCCUGAAAAGAUAAUCCCUCGCCUGAAAGAAGUCUUUGGGACUGGCUCAGGCAAAGCGGCUGCUGAACGAGACUCUAAGAAGGAUGCCGGUCUCAUGGUUGUGCUUGAAAACAUGAAGGCUAUUGCCAACAACUGUUCGGGGAUGGAAUUCAAAGAUGAUAUUUUACCUCUCAUUCGGCUCGGUCUGGAUUCACCAACACACUCUUUGGUCGAUGCCUCUAUCAAAUGCCUCCCCGUGGUGCUCCCAGUUCUCGAUUUCAGCACUGUCAAGAAUGAAGUGUUUCCCCCUAUUGCCACCACUUUCAGUCGCACCAGUAGCCUUGCCAUCAAGGUUCGCAGUCUGGAGGCAUUCAGUGUGCUGUGUGGAGCACCUGUCGAAGAGUACGAUGGGUUGGAUGAUGAUUUGACUGGGGUUCAGACCAACAAAACUAAAGCGACAAAGUCUUCCAUCUUAGACAAGUACACCAUCCAAGAGAAGCUCGUUCCAUCUCUCAAGGUGAUCAAAACGAAAGAGCCAUCAGUAAUGAUGGCAGCACUCAAGGUUUUCCGGCAAGUGGGACUUGUUGCAGAUACUGAAUUCCUGGCUUUGGAAGUUAUACCGGUCCUUUGGAGCUUCAGCCUUGGACCUCUAUUGAGUCUGAAUCAAUUCAAUGACUUUAUGGCCCUGAUCAAGACUCUUUCAACUCGAAUUGAGCAGGAACAAAGCAGGAAACUACAAGAGCUUUCCUCAGGCACUGAAUCAACUGGUUUCCAGAAUAGGGCCAAUGAAUUUUCGCAGUCCGCUACGGGCCUUAGUUCGCCCGAUACCGACGUCGCUGGCAGCUUUGAGCGUCUGGUGCUUGGAAAGAAGCCUUCUGCGAAUGGUGAAACCAUAGACAUGUGGGGUGGAAUGGAGCUAGCGCCAGCCAAAGCUGCUCCUCCAAGCAUGUCGCCUUCAUUCUCGUGGUCUUCAAACAACGCAGGUAUGACAAACCAGGCCAGUGCUCUGAGCCAGCAGUCAAACCUCGGUUUCCGCUCCAUUACUCCCGAUCAGAAGUUGGGUUCCUUCCCGUCACUGGCCCCUGCUCGACAAACUUCGCCAGUUACUCAGCCAAUUACUCAGCCUAUUACCUCGGCCUUCCCUGCCAUGCAGCCUCAAUCUUCAUCUUCUUCCAUCUGGGGAACCCCAGUAAAUGUCAAUCUACGACCACAGGUGGGCGCACCUAGUCCUUCUUUGGCGUCCAUGUCGACCAUGACACCCUCAAAUUAUUUGUCCGGGUCAACAACGGCGGGAUUGGGUAACCAAUCAUUCUCGAUUCCUCCUCCUCCUCCUGGCGGGAGCAUGAGCCCGACCAACACCAUGAGGAACACAAAUAUGAGAUCAACGUCUUUCCAAGGCACAAGUCAGACCCAACAAACGGCAACUCAAAAGCAAGGAUUGGAUAAAUACGAGAGUUUGAUAUAA